AAAAAAAAAAGGGGGAACAGCUUUGACGACGCAGACAUGAUGGUGAACCAAACAAGCACAUUACAACCAGGCAUAGCUGUAUUUCUUUCAGCUCUAAAUUUUGUCUUUUCCAUCACCGCAUUCGUGGGGAACACACUGAUCCUGGUGGCUCUUUAUAAAGUCCCUUCUAUUCAUCCACCGACAAAAUUGCUAUUUCGAUGUCUUUCAGUCACUGAUCUUUGCGUUGGCUUUUUUCUGCAGCCAUUGUUUGCUAUCCGUAUACUAAAUAGUGCGACAAAGAUAAUUAGCCCUGGAAAUUUGUUCUACAUCAUCGAAGCAAAUUCAUCUUUAAGUUUUAUUUUGUGUGGAGUAUCAGUCCUGACAUCGACCGCUAUAAGUUUAGACAGACUUCUCGCCCUUACGCUGGGUCUGCGAUACAGAAUCGUUGUCACGUUAAAACGAGUUGCUGUACUAGUUACUUGUUUCUGGUUGAUCGGUAUUUUGUUCGGAAUGAUGGGCUCUUUCGUGAGCUUUCAAAUUGCUUUAAAUGGGGCUACAAUCUGGGGAACCAUUUCGUUAGUAGCCUCAAUCUUUUCCUACGUAAAAAUAUUUCUCAAACUUCGGCAACACCAAGGUAGAGUGCAAGACCGUCGUAACCAAGAGCAACAAAACGAAGGAUUACCGCGGCCAUUAAACAUGCAACGAUACAAGAGAACCGUUUCUAGCAUAGCCUGGAUUCAGGUGACAAUGGUUGCUUGCUAUGUUCCAUUCAUAGUAUCGACAGUGUUAAACCGUUAUAGAAGAGACAAUGAUAUCGCAUGGAAUGCUUCAGUUACAAUGUUAUACCUAAAUUCCUCUCUGAACCCAUUGGUUUUUUGCUGGAAGAUGAAAGAAAUCAAACGAGCAGUGAAGAACACGGUGACACAGUCGUGCUGCCUACAGUCGAACCCCGAUAAUACGGACACUGAGGGGACAAUAGAGAGUGUCUGUAUUAACAGGGUGUCCGCAAUAAGCGGGUUGAAUUUAGAGAAAAUGUAA